AUGCUGCUCAGGACCCUAUUCUUGAUCUCCGCUACAAUAUACUCCUUGCACAGUUGCCCUCCAACACCCACAGCCAGAGCUCGAGCUACAAUUUUCCGAGCCGUCCCUGGUGGCUAUCCCAACACUUCAAUCGGCAUUAUUGACAUUACUCAAUCAGGGAAUCAAGUUCGCUUUCGAGGAACUGUGUUUACGCUGACGCCAGGGUACCAUGGAAUGCAUGUUCACGCAAUUGGGGACUUGGGUAAUGGAUGCAUGGCUGCUGGUCCUCACUUCAAUCCUUUCGGAGCACCCCAUGGGGGCCUACAAGGCAGACGAAAUGAUCGGCAUGUGGGAGAUCUUGGGAAUAUCUUCGCGAAUCGAAAUGGAGAAGCGAUGUUUGAUAUCAAAACGAGCGGAGCUUCCAUAACCAGAGGACCUAGAGAUAUAAUAGGAAGGACCAUCGUUAUUCAUGCCAUGCAGGACGAUUUGGGCAAAACUGGUAGAGGUGAAAGCGCUAUGACAGGCAAUUCCGGAAUGCGCGUUGCCUGCGGCCUGAUUCUUCCUCGAUGA